AUGGGUAACUGCUCCUCGUGCCUGGGCCUCGGCCGCCGGGAUAGUCACGAUUCCGAAUCCUCGCGCCUCCUCGACGAUGACCCCUACCAAGCGGGCUACGGCUACGGCGCCCUAAACCACACCAGCCAAGUCAACCAGCCGGAUCCGGGCUACAUCAAGCGGGAAAGGGAAGCACUGGAAGCGAUCUGCCAACGAGCCUCGGACUCCGUCAUCGACAUCUGGUCUCUCCAGCCGCAACCGCAUCUCCAACCCCAAGCCACCCUACGUGGCUCCGCAUCGCCCUCUUCGACAAGAGGCGCCUCCUCCAACGAGGUCCCCAUCCACAUAGCGACAGAGACAGAGGCAGAAACAGCGCCGUCGACAAACGGGAAGACCCACGGCCGCGAGGCCCCGAAGCACUGGGGAGAGGUGGUGAUCAACCCGCGCAAGCAUAAGCAGGCGCAAGCCGAUGAAGUCGCCGGACAGGAUGUCUUUGGCGUACUCAAGGUGACAUGA